GACCCCUGGGAGUGAACAUCCGGGACAUUUCUUCUCACAGACGAUAAAAUGGCGAUUGAGAAGAAAAAACUCAGCGACCUUCGAGUGGUCGAUUUGAGGGAAGAACUGGAAAAAAGAGGCCUCGAAAAGGGAGGGACAAAGCCAGUACUAAUAGAGAGAUUAAAGAAGGCUAUCCAGGAUGAAGGUGGAGACCCAAAUGAGAUUGAAGUUGAGGCUGGAGACAAGCUGGCGUCGGCCAAGAAGGCAGCAGGAGCCAGAAGAACACCUGUCCGUCGUACAAAGAAAGAAGAGCAAGAGCAGAGCACAGAAGAACCUGCAGAAGAAGGGAUGGACACGGAGACAGCUGACCUUCCAGACAGCCUGUCUCUCAAGGACGAACCCAUGGACGACCUUGACGUCCUGGAUGAGGACGACUCCUUGGACCAGGAGAUGGAUACGAUCGACGACCUCGGGGAGGAAGACGGUGAGUCGGAAUCGGAGGAAACGUCGGCAGGGCUGAAUGGAGAGGAGGACCAGAAGGUCCAGGAGGGGGAGACUGCUGCGGAUGCGGUUGCCAUGGAAACCGGCGACGCCCCGGAGACGGUUGCCACGGUGACAACAGAUGGAGAGGAAGGGAAGGGGGAGGUUUCUGCGGCAGAGAGCGCGGAUGUACCGAGUUCUGGAGCUGCAGAAGCGACAGGCGAGACUCCGCAGACAGACGCAGCAGCAGCUGCAGGGGAACUGCAGGCAGGGGGCGCUGCUGCACCAGACACGGAGAUGGACGCAGCCAGCCUGGUGGACAAGGUUCUAAACGAGACGGGAGAAGCCGCAGACGACGUCGCCCUGUCGGCCGAACAAGAGGAGGAACUACUCACCGAGGACGAGGUGGGAGAGGGGGAGGCAGAAACCCCUGCAGACCAGAAAGAGAAAGAAGGUAGCAACAAGAACACAGCAGCAGCACCCAAGCCGGAGCCCAGCGCCCAGCCAGCCAAGCCUGCCGCCACGGGGGCAAAGGUCGUCGCCCCCGGAGACGCCCCCGUUCCGUUCCCGCUGACCUCCAAGGACCUGCUGGAGAUGCACGCGUUGCCGGCGGCAACCAAAGACGAGGAGGAGAACAUCUCGCUGGUGGUCCACGCCGACGACCAGAUGAUCGCCGACCUUGACGCCGACCUUCUGGACAUGCCCAAGGACGCCGAGUCCUCCGCGGACGCUGCUCCGGCCACCGAGGAGCCUGGGAAGACUCAGGAGAAGGCCGAGGAAGCUUCUAAGGAGGCUCCCAAGGAAGGAGACGGGGCUAAGAAGGCGGAGGAGGAGGGGAAAGCGCCCGAGGAGGCUGGGAAGAAAGCGGCAGAGGCAGGAGGAGGAGAGAAGAACAAAGAAAGCUCGUCGUCGUCGGCCAAGAAAAGCCCGUCGGGCGUUUCGAGCGUGAGGACUCGGAGCGCCAGUGGGAAGGACACCAAAGAUGCAAAAGCACCGCCAGGCAAGGAUGAGAAGGCCCGGCACGGCAGUUCCAGCUCCAGUAGUAAGAACCUGUGGGUGAGCGGACUUUCCUCCACAACUCGAGCCACAGACCUCAAGGCAGCCUUCAGCAAGUACGGCAAGGUGGUGGGAGCCAAAGUGGUGACCAACGCGCGCAGCCCAGGUGCCCGAUGCUACGGGUUUGUGACUAUGUCGUCCAGUGAAGAAGCUGCCCGCUGCAUCACACACCUCCACCGUACUGAGCUGCAUGGGCGCAUGAUCUCUGUCGAGAGGGCUAAGAACGACCCUUCCAGUUCCUCCAAGAAACCUCCAGAGAAGAAGGAGCCCGAGAAACGAGACCUUCGGUCCAGCUCUGCCCGGAAACCUUCGGCCGACGCCCGGAAACCGGCACCCAAGACGCACGAGAAGGACAAGAAGGAGCCGGAGAAGAAACCGGAAGAUAAGAAAGAUGAGAAGGAGGAGAAGAAGGAGGAGGACAAACGCUCAGGGUCUCAGAGCCGCCGUAGUACAGGAGACAAGGCACCAGCUUCAAAGGACAAGGAGUCUGCGGAUAAGGAAGGAGCAGACAAGGACGGGAAGGAAGGAACGCGGACAGUCGUGAUGGACAAGAAGAAGGGAGAACCUGUCGUCACAGUCAAAGACUCCAACAAGCGCGACUCCAAGUCCAAGGAGAAGGACGGUCAGCAGCCGCGGAAAGGCAGCAAGGAGAAGCAGGGCGAGAUUCUGUCGUUCGAUAAGAUUAAAGAGCAGAGGGAGCGAGAGCGUCAGAGACAACGAGAGCGCGAGCUAAGAGAGAUGGAGCGUCGACGCGUGGAACGGGAGCGACGGGAGAGGGAACGACAGCGUGAGAUCAUCCAGCGGGAGCGUGAGGAACGAGAGAGACUGCAGAGGGAGAGGGAGCGGCUCCAGCGCGAGAGAGAGCGACUGGAACGAGAGAAGCAGGAGAGAGAGCGGCUGGAGAGGGAGAGGAUGCGGAUCGAGCGGGAACGAGCGCGAGAACAGGAGAGGAUCGCCCGGGAGCGCGAGGAAACGCGGCGGCUGCAGCUCCAGCUGGAGGAGGAACGCAGGCAGCUGAAACGGGCGCUCGAGGCGCCCCGCGAGCGAGACACGUACUGGAGCGAGCCCAAGAGACAAUACGAGGGCGAGUUCCACCGUGGUGCACCCGAAACAAACCGCUUCAACGACUACGAUAACCGGGAGCGCGGCGGCGCCGGCUACACACGUGACGUCGACCACCGCUCGGCCGCGCCGCCGCCCGGCCCGUACGAACGCCGGGUGGAGCGGUACGAUCGCCGUGACAACGCCCAGCGCCGUGACGACCAGCCUCGCUACAACGACGCUCCCCGGGACGUCCCACCCGACAACCGCGGCGCCCGGGUCCCCGGCAGCGGCGGCAUGCGGGGAGCAGGAGGUAUGGAUCCCAUCUCUAAAGGUAUGAGUAAUCCCACUAGCAGUAUGUCUUACGUUGGUCGGGAGCCAGCUCCGGUAGGAAUGCAAAGUCACGACUCCCAUUUUCCCCUAGAUGAGCGCCGCCCACGAGACCCACCGCGGGACGACGGCUGGGGACCGGUUUCCGACGAGCGAACCAGAACCGCGGCGCCGUCCCGGGGAGCUACGUCGUCUUACAGCGAUCGUCAGAUCGGCGGGAGCGUGGGCGACAACCGGCCGGGGCUGCUGGGCUCGGCGCCGUCCCGAGGCGGUGGUGACUCCCGUGGGGACUGGAGCAGCGGCGAGCGGCUACGGAAGGCGGAACCGCAGCGACAACCGGGGACGGAUGGACACGGGUGGCCGAUGGGCGGGCUGGAGAACCCGACGGUGAACCGGCUGGGCGAGCGCUGGCCCGGCUCCAUGGGGCAGCAGGCGGUGGAGUCCCGCGGCGGUCAGCGCGUCCUGGCGGUCAGCGGCCAGACGAUGUCCCAGCACCAGCGGGCGGCGGGAGGGUACAUCAGCCAGGCACCGCAGCACCACACGCAGCCGCCCCAGCCCACGCAGCUCCUCAGCAGAGCUCCCGCAGUCGGGGGAGGCUUCGGCGGCCCGGACAGGCACAAGCCAGCACAGGACAACAGGUUUGAUCCCUACAGCAGGGCCCCACCUGCCAGGAGGUACUAGAACUGCAGAUUCUUAUUUUACAACAGGUUUGACCCUUACUGAACAGCUC